UCCUCUACUACCACACCAGCGACGCCAGCCGGUAUACGCGCCUUCACUGCCGCCACAGCGACGCUAACUGUAUACGCGGCCGCCACAGCGACGCCAGCGGUAUACACGCCGCCACGUACAGCGACGCCAGCGGUAUACACGCCGCCACGUACAGCGACGCCAGCGGUAUACACGCCGCCACGUACAGCGACGCCAGCGGUAUACACGCCGCCACGUACAGCGACGCCAGCGGAAUACACGCCGCCACGUACAGCGACGCCAGCGGUAUACACGCCGCCACAGCGACGCCAGCGGUAUACAUGCCUACACUGCCGUCCAUAAUAAAUGAACUAAACAUAUGUAAAAGCCGCCACAACACGCCCUCACACUCAAAAGAAUAAGUGUUUGCAGAAUCCUUAACUUUUCGAAGGAAAAGAUACUAUAUUUGUGCACAAUUAUGAUCACACGGACCGUCAACAUUCACAGCAUAGUGGUGAUUGUAAAAUAAUCCAAAUUUUGGAAAUACGUAGUGAUUUAUUGCUGCUGAAGCUGGGCCAUCAAAUAAUAAGUGAAGCAGCGUGAGUGUGCGUUAAGUGAGGCACGUGAGGACAAUUAAGAUGAGUGCCAGCAGCUCUCAACUACGGCGGCAAGUUGCCAAGCUUCAACAGUAUGUAUACCGGCUUCUGUACGGCGACAUGCUGGCCCACAUGUCAAGAUACCCUCUUCGGCUGCCUAUGAGGAUGAUUCCUGGAGGUCGUGGUGGGCAGACUAUGCAUCAGGAUAGAUUUAUUGGAUCAGGAGCAGCAAUUCUCGUUGGUUUAGGCCUCUGCAUAUCCUCCUUUUCUCUCAAAAAACUCUCUGCCAUGCCAGAUAGACCAACACGUCUUAUCUAGGUACAGUAGUGUACCUAAAGGCAGAAGAUUCAUUGGAAUGGUUUAAAACUCAUGGCAGUACAAUCCUUAUGCGAAAGGAUGACAUUGAAUUUAAGCUUUAUGGAAUUUGCUUAUUAUAUAUUGAAGUAAAUUAUACACAAUGAAA